AUCGACGCGACGCUUGGAAACAAUUCGAUCUUGACGCUUGCGUCCAAGCGACUGGAAUUGAUCGAUUCGAAUGGAGAGCAAAGGAACCCGCGCGGUCGUGGACGAGUCGGCAUUGAGUAAAUCCGCGGCCCACUUGAAAGCCGCCAAGAGCGUCGACCGCCCCGACUCGUUGUCGUACGAUCGAGACGUCGCCCAGCAGUAUGCGGCACUGUACGUCAAGCAUGAUGGAAACCUCCGCGAUCUGUUCGAGGAGCUGGACGAGAGCCCACGCAAGGCGCUGAAGCACCCCCCAGACGACGCACACGACUUUGGCAUCAAGUACGCGCAAGGGUAUUACACGUUCGCCGAGGAAAAGUGAGGGUGGAGGAAUGGUCGAGCGCCGACGAUGUCGAGAGAGACUUGUUGCUUUAGGGGGAUUGGGUCGCGUAUUGAAUGGAGGCGAGUGUGCGUGACAGAGUCGCGACGACGCCUUUGGACCAUUUCACAUGGACGACGUGCUCC